UGUGACCUGCUGACAGCCACCUGACUGGAAUACUGUAGUCAUAACUGUAGCUGGCUAUAUAAGAACUCCUCAGACAGCUCUACAACACUCACAGGUGCUUCUACCUCAGUCUUCAGCACGUACACUGACAUCGAGCCAGUCAAGAUGAAGUUGCUGCUUGUUGUUGCUGCUGUUCUGGCUGUGGCCAGCUGUGCCAGCAUCUCUCUGGAAGAUCUGGAGUUUCAUGCCUGGAAACUCAAGUUUGAAAGAUCCUACCACUCUCCAUCAGAGGAGGCUCACCGGAGGCAGAUCUGGCUCAACAACCGCAAAUUUGUGCUUGUACACAACAUCUUGGCAGACCAGGGUUUGAAGUCCUACCGCCUCGGCAUGACCUACUUUGCUGACAUGGAAAAUGAAGAGUACAAGCGAGUGAUUUCCCAGGGCUGCCUUCACUCCUUCAAUGCUUCUCUGCCUCGCCGCGGCUCUACCUUCUUCAGACUUAGACUACCUGAAGGUACUGAUCUGCCCGACACUGUUGACUGGAGAGAUAAGGGAUACGUCACUGAUGUCAAGGAUCAGAAGCAGUGUGGCUCCUGCUGGGCCUUCAGUGCAACUGGCUCACUGGAGGGUCAGCACUUCAGGAAGACAGGAAAGCUGGUGUCUCUGAGCGAGCAGCAGCUGGUCGACUGCUCGGGAGACUAUGGCAAUGAGGGCUGCGGUGGAGGCUGGAUGGACUCCGCCUUCCAGUACAUCCAAGAAAAUGGAGGGAUUGACACUGAGGAGUCCUACCCUUAUGAGGCCGAGGAUGGAAAAUGCCGUUAUAAUCCUGAUAAUAUUGGAGCCACAUCCACCGGCUAUACUGAUGUGAGUAAAGGCGAUGAAGACGCCCUGAAAGAGGCUGUAGCCACCAUCGGACCCGUUUCUGUAGCCAUUGAUGCUUCUCAGAUGUCAUUCCAAUUCUACGAAUCAGGAGUGUAUAAUGAGCCCCAGUGCAGCAGCUUACAGUUGGACCAUGGUGUGCUGGCUGUGGGUUAUGGUACUGAGGACGGAAAUGACUACUGGCUGGUCAAGAACAGCUGGGGUCUUGAAUGGGGAGUCAAGGGAUACAUUAAGAUGAGCAGGAACAAAUCCAACCAGUGUGGGAUUGCUACUGCAGCAAGCUACCCUCUGGUCUGAAGAGGUCAGA